AUGUUUACUUAUUCCUUAUUGAUAGCCCGACAAGAUGGACAGGACGCUGAGUCACAUAUUUUAGCUGGCCACGUCUUCGCAGCCACUAUAGCAAGUGAUAAGCAACAACCAGUGACCAAAUUAGCCAAGUCAGCAUUCUGGGUUCACCAGCGGCAGGAUGUUUUCCACCCCAUUUCUCAACAGAAGCCAACUCGUACCAGCCUUGAUGUGACCCAUCUCUGGGAGCCUGGAGACUCGGAUGACAUCUAUACGUGGACAAAGCGAUCACAGAAGCUAGCAGGGGAGACCGCUGACUUUUGUUUUGGAAAUGACGAAGCACAGUCUCGCAAGCAACAUUUCGAGGAUCUGUAA